CAUGAGAUGAAGGCCAUGGGCAGGAGAAGUUUGGGCUCGACCAUGUCCAUGGGGGAAAUUGCCACCAGCUCUCCGGGAAGCCUGAGCUCAGUGGAUAUGAACACCCCUGCGGAACUCCGUGAGUACUUGGAUGUCGGGACCCCGGUCAAGUCGCGUGACAGCCCACCCAGGCCUGCUCCCCCACCUACCAAGCCCAGGAGCAAACUGCCUCGGCCUAUAAGGUUCCUUAGCCUGCCAAAGGCUGCCACCGACUCAGGGAGAAGAAGAUCGAGGGCUUGACCUCUCUCCGCGUGAUGGCUCAGAACCACAUGGAAAUACUGAUGCCUAAACUCCAUGAUAUCUGCCUUGCCAUUAUAAAUGAGGUGAAGAACCUGCGCUCUGCAGUGUCCUGUGCUGCCAUGGCCACACUUGGUGACAUGUACGUUCACCUCCAGAGGGCCAUGGACAGUGAGGUGGAGGGGACAGCACGCGUGCUGCUGCACAAAGCCAGCGAUGCCAACACCUUUAUCCGGCAGGGCGCCAACUUUGCCCUGGGUCAUAUGGUGCAGAGCUGCACCCCUACCCGUGUCAUGAAUUCCCUGCUGGUCGGUGGGCUGAGGUAA